AUAUGGCGAUAAUUUCUCUUUUGUCUAGGUUAAAAGUUCUAACAUCCUGCAAUAGAAUAAUCGAAUCUGCAUUAAUCAAACCAAAUACUGAAAUGUUAUUUUUGACAAAAAGAAGUUUCGUGAACGAGAAAAGAAAAAAUUGGAGCACAGAAUAUCGUUGUCAAGAUAUCAAAAAUUGUCUCAAUGAUAUUUUAAAAUACGAAUCGAAAGAAAAAUUGCCUAUGAUAAAUGAAGUUAAAGUUCGUUUCAGAAAGAAACAGUUCCCUUUGGCGCCAAUUUACCAUUCUUGGAAGUUUUCCAAAAAAUUUUGUCCUUCAGCAAAAUACCAUAGUUCGUGUAUUCAAAAAUCGAUGUUAAAAUUUUAUUCUUCUAUGAAAAAUCCAUCCUAUGAAAAAUCUUUACGUAAAGAUUUAUGGAAGAUUGAAGAUUUAUAUGAAGCAAGAUUUCAUUCUAAGAAUAUUCGUAAUUAUUCUUCUUCCAAAAAAUCUCCUUGUGAUAAAUCAAAAUUAAAAGAUUGUGAUAAGAUUGAAACACUUGCGAAACAAGAAAUUUCUAAGUGCUGUUCCGAAGAUCCUUAUGCCUGUACAAAGCCUGAACAUAUGCAAGAAUGUGUCAAACCUAUAACAAAAUGCCUACCACCCGUUGGUGAUACACCAUUCAUAUGUACAUCAACUCCUCGUCCAAGUAUAGAAGAUUAUUGUCCUCCUGAAGUGUAUGGUCACGAAGAAAAGAUUUGGCAAAUAUUAUGUGGUAUUGGAAUGCUUUCGGUAGUAAUUAUGUCGUGUUACGUUUACUCCAGGAGUAAGGAAUGGGAUAAGGAAGAAAGACCUGAAUUCCGUGAUGUCCCUCAUAUGCGGCGAAUAGUUAAGCCUUUCCCAUGGGGUGAUGGCAAGCACACCUUGUUUCAUAAUCCUGUUAGAAAUCCAAUAUCUCCGCACGGUUACGAAGCAGAACAUCCACAUGCAAAAAAAAAUUAAAAUAUCAAUAAAGUAAUUAUCAAUAAAGUAAAUAUCAGAAAGUAAUAUAUAAGACAAGAAAAAUAAAAUUAUUUUUACCUUUUAUA